CGAAUUUAUGCCUCCAACCCUGUGGCCUCCCUUCGGCCAGCACUCGGCCAUUUCCCAAUCGACCUGCAUCCACCCAGAUCACCUCUAUCUCCUUCGCCAUGCACAAAUCCGCGCACGACUUCACCGAGGCCAAGCGCCAGAAAGACAUCAUCUCCUGGGACGCCUACACCAGCGGCCUCAAGGCCGGCGCCUGGGCCAGUCUGGCCAUGGGUGCGGUCGUCUACAGUGCCAACGCGUACCACCGCGGCUUCCGCGCGCGCCUUGGCGUCAGUGGCAAAUGGGCUCUUGUGGUGUCGGCUUACCUGGCCGGAUUCGCCAUCGUGGCCGAAAAUCGUCUCCUGGCUGGGGCCAGAAAUCCUGACCAGUACAUGGCUGCACUUGACCCCAACUACGUUGAGAUCCGCAUAAUGAAAACCCGACUGCCGCUGCACAAACGAGCGGCCAACUUCGUGUACGACCAUCCGUAUCGUAGCUUGGUGACGGCGGGUGUGCCUCUAGUGGGUGGCAUUUUCGCCUACCAAACCACGAACACCAGCAUCGCUCGCUCGCAGCAGAUCAUGCACACGCGAAUCUACGGCCAGGCCGCCGUGGUGGCCCUGCUGUUGGGCUCCAUGGCCUUCCAUGACUACAUGGCCAAACGUGGCCGCUUCGAGGAGAACGAGGACGACGUGCCCAAGAUCGAGGAUAUCAAAGCCUAGCGCUGCUUUGAGCGGUAGUUCUUGCACUCGAUGUGGCCAUAUUAAUACGUAGACGUUAGUUUGUUACGAGCCACGCAGCAGAAACCAUUGCCAACGACAGGAAUUCCGGUGGCUGGCUGCUAACACGUCGCUACGGAUAAGACCGACUGAGUAAAAGAAUACAUGCACAGCACGUCAACGUCACCC